AUGCGUUUCUCUUCUUUCAUCGCCUCGUCCGCCUUCGUGGGCUCGAGCAUAGCUGGCUAUGCCAUCAAGGACGACUACUCCGCCGACAACUUCUUUUCCAUGUUCAACUUCUUCACUGGCGCCGACCCCACCAACGGUUUCGUCGACUAUGUCGAUUCUGAUACUGCCAACAGCUCCAGCUUGAUUGACACCUCCAAUGGCAAGGUUUACAUGGGCGUCGAUUACUCCAGCACCUCCUCAAGCGGCCGUUCCAGCGUCCGCAUUUCCAGCACUGCCGCCUACAACGAAGGCCUCGUUAUCCUCGACCUCGAGCAUUUCCCCGGCGGCAUUUGCGGUACCUGGCCCGCCUUCUGGAUGCUUGGCGAUGGAGACUGGCCCGCUGGCGGCGAAAUCGACAUUAUCGAGGGAACCAACAGCCAGGUCGCCAACCAGAUGACGUUGCACACGGCUCAAGGAUGCUCCAUUGCUAGCACUGGGGCUAUGGCGGGUAGUGUCAGCAGCACUAACUGCUAUGCGUAUGCUACCGAUGACAACGAGGGCUGCGCCGUCAAGGACAGCGAGGCCAACACUUACUCGACCUUCAACCAAAACAACGGCGGUGUCUUUGCUACCGAGCUUGACCCUACGAACAACAAGAUCCAGGUGUGGUAUUUCGACCGCAGCUCCAUUCCUUCCGACAUCACCAAUGGCAGCCCCGACCCGACUUCGUGGGGCAACCCGCGCGCCCUCUUCCAAGGUGGCUGCGAGGUCUCGUCGCACUUCAAGAACAUGAACAUCAUCCUCGACACGACUUUCUGCGGUGACUGGGCUGGCAACGCCUGGAGCUCGGACGAGACCUGCAGCGCCAAGGCCAGCACCUGCGAAGACUACGUCCAGAACAACCCUGAAGCUUUCAAGGACGCCUACUGGUCCAUCAACUCGCUCAAGGUCUACUCGAACGACGGAAGCACCGGCAGCAGCUCUUCCGCCGGUGGAUAUGGCUCGACGACGCCCAUCGUUGGCCGCACUACUUCAGUUGAACCCGUGGCUUCGACUCCCUACGGAUACACGCCCGCUGGCAACCAGCCUUUGACGCCCGCUGCUCCGUACCCCGCCGGCAACCAGUCCAACUACUACCCCACUGGCUCCAUUGGCAAUUCGGUGCGCUCCAAGACGACUGUUUACGUCACCGUCACACCUGAGGAAGCCCCGACUCCCGCUUCUACGCCGACCGCUGCUGCCGCCAACGCUGCUGAUUGGCAGCCUGGCGAGCCCAUCCCGUACUCUUUCUUCCAGAACGGCCGAGGCACGACGGUGGAGACUGGGGCUCCUAACAAGGUUGCCCACAUGAUGGAGCACAAGAAGCGCGCUCACGGCGCGUGGAAGAAAUAA